GAGUCGUCGUGUGUACAACUCUAACUGCAUCGUUGAAACUUUCCAUUUUGCAUCAUGCCACCUAAAGCGAGUGGAAAAGCUGUGAAGAAGGCUGGAAAAGCCCAAAAGAAUAUCAGCAAGACUGAUAAGAAGAAAAAAAGGAAGAGGAAGGAGAGUUACGCCAUCUACAUCUACAAGGUCUUGAAACAGGUUCAUCCUGAUACAGGAGUUUCAAGCAAGGCCAUGAGUAUCAUGAACAGCUUUGUGAACGAUAUUUUUGAGCGCAUUGCCGCAGAGGCGUCACGUCUCGCCCAUUACAACAAGCGUUCGACAAUUACUUCUCGUGAGAUCCAGACAGCCGUUCGACUUUUGCUUCCUGGUGAGCUUGCCAAGCACGCCGUGAGUGAAGGGACCAAAGCUGUCACCAAAUAUACGAGCUCAAAGUAAUUCACUAUUCCUGCCUAUCGGCCCUUUUUAGGGCCCCAAAACAGUCAACUAUGUUUGGAAUUCUCAAAGCAAUGUUUAGAAAUGUUACUUUUGAUAAUUGAAUAUCGACUUUUCAGAAACUUUAAUAAAUAACUUAAUGAUAUCAGGAUCCUUAACCCUUUGCGGUCGUGUGUCUACUCUCAGCCACCAAAAUUCUCUUGAUCUUGGGAAAAUCGACCGCAAAGGGUUAAUCCUUAAUGAAAAUUUGUACAUAGUAUUCCUGAACAUCUUUAUAGUAACAGCGGAUAUUAAGAAAGUUUGCAUAUUACAGAAUUAUUCGUGAUACACGAUAAAUGUCAAUUCCAUAAUACAGGUAGGAACCGUCCCUAUAUACUUUAUCGGGUCAUUUAAAAAAAAAUGUAAAUUCAUGUACGUUUCACAAUUGCUACAAUUUAAUUUUUAUAUAAAUAUAGCACAAUUACUAGUACAAGUCUAUAUAAAUGUUGAAGACUGCAAACAUUAUUGACGAAUUUGCUGUUACGUUUGUAUUGAAACAUGAGUUUAUGUUUCAUUAUAGUUUGUACAUGCGAAAAAGUAGUUACGUAACUGCAUUACAAAUAAAGUACAAUGAA